AUGACCAUCUGGUGUCAGGGGACCCUGGAUGCCGAAAUCUAUGUUCUGCAAAAAGAAGGAAGUCAAAAACCGUUGGACAUGCAAACCCCAGAGAAGUCUGAGAACAAAACCAAGUUCUCCAUCCCUUCUGUGACGCGUCUACAUGCAGGGCAAUAUCACUGUUACUGUUACAGCUCAGCUGGCUGGACAGAGCGCAGUGACACCCUGGAACUGGUGGUGACAGGAUCCCUAUCUAAACCUAUCCUCAGAGUACAGCCAGACUCCGUGGUCUCUGAGCAGAUUACAGUGACCUUCUUGUGUAAUGGGACUGCGAGAGCCGAAGAGUACAGUCUCUAUAAAGAGGUAGACCAGCAUCUAGAGCUCACAGAAGUUCCCCAGAACCCUAAGAACCAGGCUGAAUUCUCAAUCUCAAAAGUACACCGUAAACAUGCAGGGCAAUAUCGCUGUUGCUAUUGGACCUAUGAUGAACAGUCUGAGUAUAGUGACUCUGUGGAGCUUGUGGUGACAGGAGUCUACAGUAAACCCAGCCUGUCAGCCCUGCCCAGUCCUGUGGUGACUGAAGGUGGGAAUGUCAUCCUCCAGUGUGCCACAAGUCAGUCAUAUCACAGGUUACUUCUGACUAACAAAGGAUCACAGAAACAGUCCUUGACUAAAGACUCACAGUAUAACUACUCUACUGGACAGUUCCAGGCUCAGUUCUCUGUGGGUCCUGUGACCUCCACUCAAAGAUGGACAUUCAUGUGCUACAGCUAUCACUGGUACAGCCCACAGGUGUGGUCAGACCCUAGUGAGCCCCUGGAGCUCCUGGUCUCAGGGACCCUCCACAAACCCACCAUUAAGGCUGAGCCAGGAUCCGUUGUCACCUCAGGAAUGCUCAUGACCAUCUGGUGUCAGGGGAACCCGGAUGCAGAAAUCUAUGUUCUGCAAAAAGAGGGAAGUCAAAAACCCUUGGACAUGCAAACCCCAGAUAAGCCUGAGAACAAAGCCAAGUUUUCCAUCCCUUCUGUGACACGUCUACAUGCAGGGCAAUAUCACUGUUACUGUUACAGCUCAGCUGGCUGGACAGAGCGCAGUGACACCCUGGAACUCGUGGUGACAGGAAUCUACAACAGUAAAUCCAGGCUGUUAGCCCUGUCCAGCCCUGUGGUGAUCUCAGGAGGGAACAUGACUCUCCAGUGUGUCUCAGGGGAGAGAUAUGACAAGUUCAUUCUCACCAAGGAAGAUCAGAAGUUCCUCAGCUCCAUGGACUCACAGUAUAUACACAGUACUAGGCAGUACCAAGCCUUGUUCUCUAUAGAUCAUGUAACACCAAACCUCACAGGAACAUUCAGAUGUUAUGGUUACUACAAGCAGACCCCACAGCUGUGGUCAGUACCCAGUGACCCCCUGGAAAUACACAUCUCUGGCCUAUCCAAGAAGCCUUCCUUGCUGACUCACCAAGGUCAUAUCCUGGACCCUGGAAAGAACCUCACCCUGCAGUGUUGCUCUGACAUCAGCUAUGACAAAUUUGCUUUGUAUAAGGUGGGCAGAACUGACUUCCCCCAACACUAUGGCCAUAGGGCCCAGACUGGUCUCUCCUUGGCCAACUUCACACUGGGCUCUGUGAGCAGCUCUACUGGAGGCCGGUACAGAUGCUAUGGUGCACACAACCUCUCCUCUGAGUGGUCAGCCUCCAGUGACCCCCUGGACAUCCUGAUCUCAGGACAGUUUGAGGUCAUUCCUUCCCUCUCAGUGAAGCCUAACUCCACGGUACACUCUGGAGACAACGUGACCCUGUUGUGUAAGACAGCUGACACAGUGGACACCUUCGUUCUGUCCAAGGAGGGAGCCGCACACCCACCCCAGAGACUAAAACCAAAGCUUCAUGUUUGGGAGUCCCAGGCAGAAUUCUCCAUGAGUGCUGUGACCUCUGACCUCUCAGGCACCUACAGGUGCUAUGUUUCUGCAGGCUCAUCUGUCUAUCUGUUGUCACAUGCCAGUGCCCCUGUGGAGCUCACUGUCUCAGGACCCAUUGGAGUCUCAACCCCACCACCCUCAAGGCCCAUGAGAACACUUGGACUGGAAAGAUAUCUGCAGGCUCUGAUCGGAGUUUCUGUGGCCUUCCUCCUGUUCCUCUUUAUCCUUGUCUUCCUUCUUCUCCGACGAAAACAUCAGGGCAAAUUCAGGAAGGAAGCGCAGGAAGAGACAGAAUUGCAGCUUCCUGCAGGAACUGCAGCGCCAACAGCCAGAGAUAGGGGCCCCCAGAAGAGAUCCAACCCAGCUGCUGCCACCCAGGAAGAAAGCCUUUAUGCUUCAAUGGAGGACAUGAAACUUAAGGAUGGUGUUGAGCUGGACAGUUCGAGACCACCUGAAGAAGACCCCCAGGGAGAGACAUAUGCCCAGGUGAAACCCUCCAGGUACAGGAGGGCAGAAGCCCUCCUACCUUCUGUCCUGUCAGGAGAAGUCCUGGAAACAAAAGAUGGAAACGAAACAGAAGAGGGCAGAGAGAUGGACACUCAGGCUGCUGAAUCUGAGGAGCCCCAAGAUGUGGUCUAUGCCCAGCUGUGUAGCAGGUCGCUCAGACAGGGGACAGCUGUACCUCCCCGCUCCCAGGCAGGGGAAGCCAUGGAGGAGCCCUGUGUAUAUGCUGCCCUGGCAGUCACUCGACCAGGUUCUGUUCCCGAUGACAAGGGGCAAUGACCUCUGCCUGCCAAGAGUCCUAACAGAGACCUCCAGAAAUUCUGGGAACCCUUGCAAACCUGA